AUGGUGAGAAUCCAACUUCUCCCAUCCUACAAUUCGAUCCUACGCGAAAGAAGCUGCACCUUCUGGUUUACCACCCCUCAAAGGAGAUGGGCGGAUCUAUUCUCAGAAUCUCAGCGGAUUAAAUACACAAUUGAACAACAAACACAAGGCAUUCCUGAUGCUAGGACAUACUUGUUGACGUUACAAGAGAUACGGAUCAAGAGUGGCCUUACAGAUGAUCUUGGUGCUGAGACAAUGAUGAUGGAAGCUUUGGAGAAGGUCGAGAAAGAGAUAAAAAAGCCACUGCUGAGGUCGGACAAGAAGAACAUGGCUCUUCUGUUAGCCGAGUUUGACAAGAUUAACCAGAAGCUGGGCAUUCGAAAGGAAGAUCUUCCUAAGUAUGAAGAAGAGUUGGAACUUAAAAUUGCUAAAGAGGAUUUGCAGGGUCUGAAGAAGGAUGUUUUGGAAGCAAUGGAAACCCACCUUAAGAGGGAGGAAUUCAAGGACGAGAAGAUGGUUAAUGUGAAAUCAUUGGAUAUUAGGAAUUUCAUUUAAGGUUUUUCCAAAAUUGUAUUGCCAAAUACUGGAAGGCUAGGCCUCUUUCUUUGUUUUUUCCAUGCUUUCAAAGAAUUUGAGCUGCUACACCAGCAAUUUACAUACAGUGCUCGUUAUGAACGUCCUUGCACUUUGUCUGUUUGCCUAAUAAUAAGCAGUUGAAUGUGCUACUUAGCAAUGCCUUACUGAGCUGGACCAUGGUCAGCUCAGAUACAUAUUUGUAAUUUUGGGUUCAUAGUGGUGGCCGAAUCACUCAAUAUAUUUUUUUGAUUUUUCUGGGUC